AAAUCACAAAUGUGAAGAGGAAGAAAAAGCAGAAAAAAUUGCAUUCCGGUUUUGUCUACGUGUUUUUCGCUAACUAUACUCCCAGGAAAGGAAAAAUAAACAUCCAUUUAGUGCGGAAAUCGUGGAAUUAGUUGGGUUUUCAGUUUCCCAAUAUCGGUAUUUGUGUGCAUUGUUCCAAUAAGCGAAAGACAUGUUUUAAUGACCAGCGGAUAGAUCUCGGUGUAGAAAAAUCACUGCUUGCUGGAAAAGAGUACUAUUGUCAAAUAAUGAAAACUUCACUAUUCGUUGCGCUAUUGACACUUUUGGUGUCCCUGGCAAGGGCGGACGAGCAUAAUCACAGCUAUGAAGACCACGAAGAGGUGGUGCUGUGGAUGAAUACGGUGGGACCGUAUCACAACCGACAAGAAACCUAUGCAUACUUCUCACUGCCGUUUUGCGUCGGAACCAAACAAGCAAUCAGCCAUUAUCACGAAACGAUGAGCGAAGCCCUGCAGGGAGUGGAGUUCGAAUUCAGUGGAUACGAAAUCGACUUCAAGGACGACAUCGCACCGACCGAGAUCUGUAUGGUGGAGUUAACGGAGAAGAAGUACAAAGCGUUUGUGUACGCCGUUAUGAACCAAUACUGGUACCAGAUGUAUAUUGACGAUCUACCCAUUUGGGGAGUGGUUGGAAAGGAAGACGAUAAGAAGUACUACAUCUACACGCACAAAAAGUUCGAUAUCAGCUACAACGGGAAGCAGAUUGUGGACGUUACGCUGACACCAGAGAAAAAGGAAUUGCUCAAAGUCGGUGCCAAGAUUAAGUUCACCUACGAGGUCAACUGGAAGCCCAGCAACGUAAAAUUCGAGGACCGAUUCGACAAAUAUCUGGAUCCGAACUUUUUUCAGCAUCGCAUCCAUUGGUUCAGCAUAUUCAACAGUUUUAUGAUGGUUAUUUUCCUGGUCGGAUUGGUUUCGAUGAUUCUUAUGCGCACGUUACGAAAGGAUUACGCCAGAUAUAGCAAGGACGAGGAAGCUGACGAUAUGGAACGUGAUUUAGGCGACGAGUAUGGAUGGAAGCAGAUUCAUGGAGAUGUGUUCAGGCCUGCCUCUAAUGCAAUGCUUUUCUCUGCGCUGAUAGGCGCUGGAUACCAACUAACCUCAGUUGUUCUAUGCGUUAUUACAUUCGCUAUUCUUGGCGAAUUAUAUACAGAACGAGGAUCGUUACUGUCAACGUCAAUAUUCGUGUACGCAGCGACGUCUCCUAUCAAUGGAUACUUCGGUGGAUCUUUGUAUGCCCGGAUGGGUGGUAAACUGUGGAUCAAGCAAAUGAUGCUAUCUGCUUUCAUUAUUCCGGCUUUGGUGUGUGGAACUGCGUUCUUCAUCAAUUUCAUUGCAAUUUACUAUCACGCAUCGCGUGCAAUUCCAUUCGGAACAAUGGUGGCAGUCACUUGCAUUUGCAUUUUCGUGAUACUGCCGUUGACACUGAUAGGAACUAUCGUUGGUCGCAAUCUUGACGGACAACCAGACUAUCCGUGUCGGGUGAAUGCUGUUCCUCGACCUAUUCCGGAGAAGAAAUGGUUCAUGGAACCGGCUGUGAUUAUUCUGCUUGGUGGAGUCCUUCCAUUUGGGUCGAUCUUCAUUGAAAUGUACUUCAUCUUUACCUCUUUCUGGGCCUACAAAAUCUACUACGUGUACGGGUUUAUGCUGCUCGUGUUCCUAAUUCUGAUCAUCGUUACCGUGUGCGUGACGAUCGUUUGCACAUAUUUUCUGCUUAAUGCCGAAGAUUAUCGAUGGCAGUGGACCAGCUUCAUGUCGGCGGCUUCUACGUCGAUCUACGUUUACAUCUACUCGUUCUACUAUUUCUUCUUCAAAACAAAAAUGUACGGCCUGUUCCAGACGGCGUUCUACUUCGGCUACAUGGCGCUAUUCUCCGGUGCCCUCGGUAUCAUUUGUGGCACGGUCGGCUACAUCGGCACGAAUAUUUUCGUGCGGAAAAUUUAUUCCAAUGUAAAAAUUGACUAAUUUUACGGCACCGAUUGACUUUAAGACACCCGUGCGAACCGUGCUGAGCUGGCGCUUCUCGAUUUACAGUGUUUAUUCUUUUUUUUUUCGUUUCCCGUUGAAAUUCCGACCCGACUAUUUCAUUAAACAAUUAUUAAUUAUAUAAACCACAACCGUUGAAACAACUGAUGAUAACGCUACAAAGUAAGAAAUCUUUAUAUGCAACUACCACAAACUACAAGUAAUGCAAACUGUUUAUCUAAGCAAUGAAGUUCUGUGUUUUUAAUGUUAAGUUGUGUAGGAGAGUUAUAGCAGCGGAAAUAUAUUCGUUCCGAAAAUUUUGUGAACCAUCAGAAUUGUUUUUGAGAGAAGACUUAUCCUGACGUGAGUGAAUCCAUUUGAACUGAUGAGUGCCGAUAGCCAGAUUAGAUGUAUUAGACAUAGAUAACCGAUGGAUGACGCGCCACAACCGAUCCCAAUCAUGAAUUGUGAAAGUAAUAUUUAAAGAUAGGGGGUGCAACAAGUGAAUAUAUAUAGUUGAAUAAUAGUACUCUCAUCCAGCUUCUUCUGUAUGUGCUCGCUACUGCAAAGGACAGUUUUUAUUUAAGUAAUAGAGAACGAGUAAACACAAAAAAAGAACUGAAGAAUAA